UGUUUCUACGAGCGUGCAUGCUAUGGCCGCUUCUGGCGGCCGUGCAGGCCAAGUGGAUUGAGGGACGCAUCGACACCAAAGACAACUGGGCGUUCCUCGCUCGUUUCUGCUUCCUGUCACUGGAGGGUCAGUUCGAAUACCUGAUCGAGUAUGACAAGGACAUGGGCACGCCAAAUCUACUGCUGUAUUAUGAUGAUGAUAGCCAGUGGCCGUCGGUGUACCAUAGUUCUAAGACCUGCAAAGAGCGAGAGGCAGUGUUAAACAAAGCGGGACAGAAUCAGAUAAUCAAGCUGUCCCAUUGGUUCCCGGACACCGAGUAUUCUGGUUGCAUCGUCACUAAGGAGAGUAAGGAGCUACCGGCAGAGAAAAGCUCAUCAACCACCCCCAAACCCACCAAAACUACAGCAAGACCCAGAAACACAACAAACACAACCAGCGAGCCUUCAGACCCGACCUACUACAACCAGUUCCUCAGACCUACCAUGGCGUCCACUACCGUCUCCGAUAAUUCUACCAUUUCUACCAAUUCUACCACGUGGUUUGAAGUAGUACCUACGGAUGAAUUUUCUACUACUACGGUGGCCGAAGAUGAAUUGUGGGAAAGUAUUGGGGGUGAAAAUGAUACGAAGAUGGAAAAGUUAAAUGAUGUGGAAAUGAUGUUUGAUAAUGAUAAUAGUAAGCACAAAAUCAAGCGUUCAACCUCCGAGCUUCUCGAACGCUACCGCCGCCGCCGACUCAACUCCGUAUCCAACCAGCCUGGCCAGGGCUCCGUGGAGCGUCUGCUGGUCUCCUGCCACAACUCUAGACGAUUCCGCUCCGCUAGGGAGCGCUGGUGGUUCAUCGCGAUCAGCAACUGCGAUAGCCCAAAGGGGUUGGACAUCAGAUACAAGUUCCUCAUGACCAACGGACCAGAUGGGGACUUCUGGCAUGAGCAGUUCUCUGCUGAUGAGUUCUAUGUCCUGCCGGUCCUUUUGGCAUAUACCUUCGCCUACUUCAUCGUGAUGGUGGCAGUUGUGCUGUGCAGCAUAGAGCUGAAAUCGCGCCAUCUACUUCACUCCACGUACAAGUUGUUCCUUAUGUCAGUGAGUGCUCAGCAAACAGGCGUGAUCAUACAGACCUUAGCCUACAUUCGCUACGCUACCCACGGAUUUGGCGGUGACGGGGCCAGAGUUGUUGGUCAAUUCCUCUGCGGCAUAUCAGAAACGACAUUCUUACUUCUGUUGGUGUUAUUAGGCAAGGGUUACACCGUGACGCGUGGAAGGCUUAAGGCUGGCUUCACAGUCAGACUUACUGUCUUCAUGUGUUGCUAUGUACUGGCGUAUAUUGCACUCUUCAUCUAUCAGGCUAAGGCAUUUGAUCCGGGCGAAGUUCUGUAUCUUUACGAGAGUCCCGCCGGGUACGGGCUCAUUGUACUACGAGUCGCAGCUUCAUGUGUCUUCGCCUAUUCUGUCUUCUUCACCGUUAGAAAGUACCCUGAGAAGAACAUGUUCUACUGUCCAUUCUUCAUCUGCGGCACCCUCUGGUUCUACGCGGGCCCGCUUUUUAUCCUUACUGCCAACGCUUACAUUGACAAAUGGGUGAGGGAGAGCGUAGUUACUGCCGUCCUUCUUCUCAUCUCCUUUAACGGACACGUCAUGUUUUUGUUGCUGACACUGCCAGUAUUCGCCAACAAGAAUUUUCCGUACCACGUGCGAACCACGCAAAUUGGAGUUAUGGAGGUGACCGGAAGUACCGGUCUAGACGGGUUCGGACACAACGCGUACCAUCCGAGCAACGGAACUGCUCAGACCGUCAUCAUACCCCUCACAAGACGCACAGAAGAGCUGAUAGGCAACAUGUACAACCAAUACAUGGCCACCGCCCCCCCUCUGGACACCCCCCUAAACGGCAUCAAACGCAUCCACUCCCUCUCCCCCAAAAACCAGCUAGUCCAGCAAGACAGCACCGACACCAACACAUCAGACGACAUAAAACCCGAAAUAUUUACAGUCGAGAACCAAAUGUCAAAACUAGAGUUGCCAGUCGAAAAAAAUCUACCAAAUCCAGUGUUGCCACAGGAUAGUGUGGAAAAACUACCAAAGAUGCCGCAUGAGACGGGUAAUGGUAGUGAGAUGCCAAGUGUGAUGAGGUCGAGAAGGAAUAUAUUGGAACCUUUGAAGAGGGAUGACGUGCCGGUGCCGUCGUGGUCGCUUGCUAAGGGGCCUAGCGUUAUUGCUAUGCAUAAGAAAAAAAAUAGUGAAGAAGAUCCUCCAGAACCAAUAGCCAACGGUAAGAAAGUCCCCCCGGUCCGCAACGGUCUUCACCAGAGUUCUGGAGCCAUUUCCACCAUCCACGAGGGUCGGGAGCAGAGUUACCCGCCUCCCAGCACGUUGCAACUCUUCAACGCCAAGCAGGAGAGUGGGGGGUAA